CAUAAUCGUAAAGAAAAUGGCUGCAACAAUAAAACAGAGACCCUUCAUUCUCUCACGGAGGGGUUUGUGUCGUUUGACUUACUACACCAGGUUCGCGUGUCGUCUCCGGAAAUCCAUGUAAACGGCCAAACAGGUAAAGUCAUGUGAGCCUGCUUUUAGAAAAACUGCGAAAGUAGCAGUAGCUGCUUUCCUCAAUCUUGAUUCUUGAAGGGCUUUUCUUCGACUACUGAGCCUAGAAAACUUCCAGCGACGUUGAAGUACAUGAUGGAUACAGGAGAGAUAAGCGACUGAAUGAGGAAAUUCGCUCCUACUGUUUCAAGGAACUUGCUGCGUUACUAAUUGUAUCAGCAGUGUAAACUCUUCAGUUUUCAAUGGAAAUUCAUGGUGAAUAUGGUCACUCUGUUUUAACUAGUUGAGUCAGACAGACUAGCUACUUGGCGUGCUUUCACUUUCUCGGUCUUGUGCUUUAACUGUGCUGCAAGUGGAGAAAAGCUGUAUAUAAAAAGUUUAAUGUUUUGAGGGAGAGUAAGAAGGAACUGAUAUAUAUGAUGGCUGGGACUGACUCAGAAAGAUGGGGAUCAAGACUGAUUGGAGUGGUUGCGAUUGCUUUUCUUGUCAUGGUCUCGGUUCAUUUUUGGGGAAAAGAAAUAUUAGAUCAGAAAGUGAAUGAAGUGGUUGAAUCUCGUUAUUUAACGAGAAUAUCAAACUCCCAAGCGCAGACUGGUCGAUUUGGUCAUGAGCAUGUUUGGCCGGAAAUGAAAUUUGGCUGGAAAAUUGCGGUGGGUACAAUAAUUGGGUUCUUAGGGGCAGCUUUUGGGAGCGUGGGAGGAGUUGGUGGGGGUGGAAUUUUUGUUCCAAUGUUGACCCUGAUUAUUGGGUUUGAUCAGAAAUCAUCGACGGCUAUGUCAAAAUGUAUGAUCAUGGGUGGAGCAUGUGCAACUGUUUUCUACAAUUUAAGGCAAAGGCAUCCUACCCUUGAGCUGCCAGUCAUUGACUAUGACCUGGCACUUCUAUUUCAACCAAUGCUGGUACUGGGAAUCAGUAUUGGAGUUACUUUCAAUGUGAUUUUUGCUGAGUGGAUGAUCACGGUCUUGUUAAUUAUUAUCUUCCUAGUUAUGUCAACUAAGGCAUUCCUCAAAGGUGUUGAAACGUGGAAAAAGGAAACAGUAGCUAAAAAGGAGGCCGCUCAACGCUUGCAAUCAAAUGGUAUUGCUAAUGAAGAGGUCGAACCCAGACCACUACCCGAAAGGCCAACUGAUGGCUCUCGUGCAGAAGAAACGAAGGACUCUAAAAGAUCAAGGGUCUCUGUCCUUGAGAAUGUUUACUGGAGGGAACUAGGAAUUCUUGUUGCAGUCUGGGCCAUAAUCCUUGCAUUGCAGAUUGCCAAGAAUUACACAGAAACUUGUUCAGCAGCAUAUUGGGUAUUAAACCUGUUGCAGAUCCCUGUGGCUGCUGGAGUGUCUUUAUAUGAGUCUGUUAGCCUGUACAGAGGGCGAAGAGUGAUUGCAUCCAAGGGAGAAGCAAGCACAAAUUGGAGGGUGCACCAGCUGGUUUUUUAUUGUGCAGGUGGCAUUGUAGCUGGUAUAGUUGGUGGGUUGCUAGGUCUUGGUGGAGGAUUCGUUUUGGGUCCACUUUUUCUGGAGAUGGGAAUCCCUCCUCAGGUGUCAAGUGCCACAGCCACAUUCGCCAUGGCAUUUUCCUCAUCCCUGUCUGUCGUUGAAUACUACCUUCUAAAACGCUUCCCAGUUCCUUAUGCUAUCUACUUUUGUGUCGUGGCGAUCAUUGCUGCUCUUGUUGGACAACACGUGGUAACAAAGGUGAUUGCCGUAUUAGGUAGAGCGUCGUUAAUCAUCUUCAUUCUGGCUGCUACAAUUUUUGUGAGUGCAAUAUCACUAGGUGGGGUUGGCAUUGCACGCAUGGUUGAAAAGAUUGAACACAAGGAGUACUUGGGAUUUGAAAGCCUAUGUAUAUAUUAAACUUAAGUCUUCAAAGUUUUUCCAUUGGCCUUUUCAAUCUCGAUCUUUCUGGAGAUAGCUACUUAGCUUCUAACUUCUCAUACUUAGAAACCAAAUUCUUUGGUCCCUGAGGUGACAAAUAGAUCAUCAGAACAUAACAAAAUAUAGGCUUCAUUCUUGUGCUAAAUGGUGCCCCUUUCUGCACCCACUAAACUGGUGCUGAAAUUGUUCUGUAAGACAGACAAUUGAACUUUUUUCAAGUGUUUAGGCACCAGCCCCCCUCA